GCAGAACUCAAUUUUUCAAGAUGUUGUCUAGAGCCGCCGUCCGCGCAUCCUCCUCCACCUCAAUGGUCGCCCGCCGUGGCUUCCACUCUACCCGUGCUCAAAUGGGUUCUCCAUACCAUUACCCUGAGGGACCACGAAGCAACAUUCCAUUCAACCCAAAAACAAAAUUCUUUGCUUUGAGAUACUGGGGAUUCAUGGCUCUUGGAUUCGGUGCUCCAUUCGGCAUUGCAGUCUGGCAAACAAAGAAGAACCAAUAGAGGGUUGUUUAGGUGUAUAUUGCAUUGGGAGGGCAGUUGUAAAUCGAUUGGCAUUUCAAAGCUAGAAGGGUGGGGGAACGAUUGUGUAUAACAAUACAACAGUUUUCACGGAUAUGACUUCAUUCUCUA